AUGAAUUCGGGUCGGGAGGGCUCUCCGGUUCGUCUGCCGGGUGGAUUUUGGACGGAUUCGACCCGGACGAUGGCGGGAGCCGCCUUGCCUCCCAUGCUUUCAUGGAUCUCCAGAGUUGCCUCGCUUCUGUACCCGACCAUUAAUCUGCACGGGCACGAUGUCGGGGUGAAUGCGGGUACGAAUGGACAGGUUGUUAUCGGAUUUGCCACGCCUGGUUUCAAGCCUCGCCGUCAGCCGGGGCUCACCAAAGUAAACUCGGUAGGUGUACGCGAGAAUCUCAGUAAUCCAGAACUUCGAAUUCUAGAGUUGUGGGCUCUGGAGAAAAUUGUGUGA